AUGGCGGCAUCACUGUUCACCUUCUCCUCCACUUCAAGAAGAGUCAUCCCAGCUCCAAACUCUCCUCCUCUUCCCAUAUACAUCAAAGCCACCAACGUAGUUUUCAACCUUGAUAUUCCAGAUGUUCAUCGAGAGUUCUUUCCCGAACAAGUAUGUGAGUUCUACUACACUGCAACAAUUAAUGAUGAAAACAACCUCAUCUCCGGGACUAUUGGCCGUGGAAGACACUCAGUCUUUAUUACCGCUGACCUCCUCAGUGCUGCGCUCAGGUUACCAAUCUUUGAACCCUUCUCCGAGCUUCCACCUAUUGAACGCUGUCGACGUCUCUUUGAUCAACUUGGAUAUGAUCACUCAAAGGCUGGUACUCGAUCAACUCUCAUUCUGCGUCAGUGUAUGACUCCAGGAUGGAAGUUAUUCACCGGUGCUCUAUGCAAAUGUGGGUUUCACAAAUCUCACAGUGGUGAUCAACUAAGCACUUAUGAGCAACAAGUCGUCUGUUCCCUUCUUCUCAACAAACGACUGGAUUAUGGGGCUUUCUUCUUUGAUCAACUUGUUCAACUUCUUCGUGCAAAUGUACGCGCUGAUCAUGUCCCCUUUCCACGCUGGAUUGCUCUUGUGCUAGAUAAAUUUUUCGCUGAAGCUUACUACUCCCACUCUAGAAACCCCAUCCAAUGCCCACGCAUGUCAGUGCGAAUGUAUCAGGAUGAUCCGUUGGACACUGACAUCGGCAUCUCAGAUCGGAUGAGAGAAUGGAUCGCAAAUCCAUAUACUGUUGCUUCACUAACCGCUGAUACUGAUGAAGAAGCUGAUGGUAACAACGAAGAUCAUGCUGAUCAAGAAGCUGAAUCACAGGAUGGUGGUCAUCUCUCCCCUCAACUUUCUCAUCAUACUCUCUCUGUCACUGAGAGAGUUCACUCAGCUCCCGGGGAGCCACUAAUUCAGGGGGAGCAACCAUCCCAGGGGAGCCACCAUCUCAGGGGGAGCAACCAUCCCAGGGGGAGAACCCAUCCAUGGGGGAGCAACCUUCUCCGGGGGAGCAACCUCACUCAGAAGAAGUUCCAGCGUCUUCUACGAAUUGAGGCUGACGUCCAUCAGCUGAAGGGAGUUCUCUUGCCGACUCCUUCCCCUGGCCCACAAAAUGAUGAUGAUCAAAAAGGGGGAGACACUGAUGAUGAUCAAAAAGAGGGAGACACUGAAUCUAUUGAGCUUGGAUCCGCGGACAACACUUUAGUACAGACUGAGCCACCACGGCCUGUGCACAAGUCUGAUAGACCAGCUGCUGACGAGUCAGAUAGACCAGCAGAUACUGAACAGCUUGCUGAAGAUAGUGAGCAUGAUGAUGAACAUGAUGAUGAGUGUCAGAUGCUGGACAUGAACUUCAUUGAUCCCACUAUUCCAGCUUAA